AUGACCCCGCCACCCGAAAUCCGCGCCCUAGAGUUCUUCUCCGGCAUCGGCGCAAUGCACUACGGCCUCCAAUGGGCCGGCGUCAAAGGCGACGUUGUGGCUUCAUUCGACAUUAACCCCGUCGCAAAUGCGUGCUAUCGACAUAAUUUUGGGAUAGAGCCGAUACAGACGCUCAUUGAGACGAUGACGGAGAAGAGGUUGGAGGGGUUUGGGGCAAAUGCUUGGUUCAUGAGCCCGCCAUGUCAACCGUAUACCAGGACCGGUAAACAACUCGACACAACCGACCCCCGCGCCGUCGGCCUCCUUCACCUCAUCCGCCUCCUCGGCACGCUCACAACCCCUCCAACCUACCUCUUCCUCGAAAACGUUCUCAACUUCGAGUCCUCCCAGACCCGCUCCCUCCUCACCCAACAACUUUCAAACCGCGGGUACGACUUCACCGAGUGGUUUUUGACCCCGACGCAGAUGGGAUUGCCGAAUGAUCGCGGGAGGUAUUAUUUGACGGCGAGGAGGGUUAGGGAGGCGGGAGAGGAUGUGGGUGUUCCGGAGUUGAGGUUGGUGAAGGAGUGGCCGUUUGGAGGCGCAGGGGUGAAAAGGAAGACUGUGGGGGAGUUUUUGGAGGAGGAUGGGGAGGGGGAGUUGGUGAGAAGGUAUAGGUUGCCCGAAGCUUUUGUAAAGAGGAGGCAGGCUUUUAGUGAGUCAGCGGUUGUGACUGCGGAUGAUGUGCGAACGUCGUGCUUCACGAAGGCUUAUGGGCACCAUGGACUAGCGGCCGGAUCAUAUCUCCAAACCAAAGGAUUCGAUGUAAACGAGCCCUCAACCGCCAUCGACCGUCUCGGGCUCCGGUGCUUCACCCCAACAGAAGUUGCUCGUCUGCACGGGUUUCCCAUAGAUGACCGCGCACCCGCCCCGCCCCGUCCAGCGGCAGCGGUAGCAGAGCGUCUGGCGUAUAAGUUUGAGUUCCCGGAGGAGGUCACUACGAUUCAGCGGUGGAGGGUUUUGGGGAAUAGUAUGAGUGUGGUGGUGGUGGGGGAGUUGAUGAGGUGUGCGUUGUUUGCUGAUCAUGUGGUUUGA